AUGGCCAUCAACAAUAACAACAAUAUUCUCCGGAAAUUAUCGUCGGAGAGAGCCAGAGGAUAUUACCAGCUGAAUGAUGAAGAACCUACCUAUACAGCGCGAUAUCUCGGAAAGACAAAAGUGGUAGAGUUUUUGCGGCCCGAAAAUGGACUUUCGGUGAGUGCAAGAUGCGUAGACAAACUACACGAUGGUGUUCAAGGAAAGGGGAAGAAACGCAAGGUUUCGAUUUUGAUAUCGUCAAAUAUCUCCCGUGGAAUCACAGUCACUGACCAAGGUCCGGGAGUCAAGGAAGAAGUUUGCCAUAAGUUGUUUGACAUUGCUUACUGCUGUACAGACAUCCGAAACAAAAUGAUAUUUUCUUUCAUCGCCGAACAACAAGGAGAACUCCAAUGUCAUGUGUUCGUUUUUAAGACAGAGGAAACGGCAAAAGAAGUUUGCUUGGCGCUUGCAGAUGCGUUUAAAACCGCUCACGGAGAAUGGAUACGAAAACAGAAACGCUAG